AAGAGCUACUUGACGAGAACUUGCUGGAGUGUUUAAGGGGUUACAUCCCCUCUUGUGCUGUUUGUUCGUGCGUCCAGAAGGAAAACGAUGGGGGAAUGACAUUCUCCAGCCCUGGUCUAUUCUCCCUCACGUGAGAAGCGCGUUCAAGGAUGCUUCCUCCGAGACGAAUCGAGCGACAACCCUGGGCCUCCGUCCUACCCGGGAUUCUGCUCUGUGUCAUUCUGGCCUCCGUCAGUGCUAGUUCACCAGUGAAAUGCCCUCACCUUGACUGUGCCCGCGAGAGACGUGAACUGUGCCCACCAGGCUCCACCCGGUGCGGCCCGUGCCUCCAGCAGUUUGAGGAGGAUGAGAUGGGAAAUUGCGUUGUCCCAAGUAAACAUCACCAACGCCAUCAUCAUCAUCAUCAUCAUGAAAUACCCAACACCCUCCCUGAUCUGGAUGAAGAGAUUGAUUACCUUUCCUCCGUCAUUGCCAAACAACAAGUGACAGCAGUCAAACAAGCAGCCUCUCCACCUACAACAGCUCCGCAGGACGGACCAGAUGGCCCCGACCUGAGAGUCCUUCCCCCAACCAGAGAGCCCAACACCAGCAGUCCUUUAACCCCGACACCCAUGAAGCCCAACCCUCCAAAGCCCCACACCGGUUCAUCAGGCCGGGGCGGACCCAUCGCAGUCCCCCACCCCUCCAGGGACAGUCUGCUCCUCAUUUUGAUCUCCCUUUGCAUCAUUGUGGGGACUGUAGCCUUGAUCAUGGCCACCAUUUGUUGGGUGAAGUUACAGAGGGAAGCACAGUUGGCUGAGAAGGUUGAUUAUCCUGCAUUUGGAGGAAAGGGUGCCAAUUCCGUCAACAAGAUCUCAUCAGGGGAUAAUAAGCUUGCCCACAGUGCUCAGAUGUAUCACUACCACCAUCAGAAGCAACAGAUGCUCUCUAUGGAAAAACACAAAGUUGAACCUAAAGUUCCUGAGUCUGGAGCAGCAUCAGAUGAGGAGAAUGAGGAAGGAGACUUCACCGUUUAUGAGUGUCCUGGUUUAGCACCAACUGGAGAAAUGGAGGUUAAAAAUCCACUUUUUGAUGAUUCCACUCUACAACCCCAGAAGGAUCACAAGUGACUUGGAAAAAGCUGCACACACUUAAUCAUCAACCAAAGGAAACAUAACCCAAGCAGAAAGCAUAAACGCAAUACACAACGCCCUUCUUUUACCAGUGAUAGUCAGAGCGUAUUCAUUUUAGA